GGUUGAUUGAACAAUGAACAUGUAUGAAUUGUGCUUCGCCUGCCUUUUACUGAACUCACAUGUCCGAAGAUGCUGAUCAUGUUGCCCGCUCUGUCGACGAAGGAACUCUUACACGAGCUACCCCAGAGGUCGAGAACGUUGACGUGACGCGAGAUGAACGCCAUUGGUUCGAGGACGGAAAUAUCAUACUUGUAGCGUCCGGGUCCAGAAGAGGAUUUCGAGUCUAUCGCGGUCUGCUUACUCGCGCUUCGGAGGACUUUGUUGAUCUCCUCUCGAGCCCCCAACUGGAAGCCGCGGAGAUGCUGGACGAUUGUCCGGCCGUGUACCUCUCCGACGACGCGGAUGAGCUGAGCGAACUUUUGGGGGUCGUUUUUGAUGGUCCAAGGUACUUUGGGCACUGCGUUCCAGUGAAGUUCUCCACAGUCGCAGCCGUCAUUCACCUGGCCCAGAAGUACCGCAUGGAGGACCUCCGGUUUGGCGCGCUGGACAUUCUACGUCAACACUUGCAUGGUCACUUCGAGGCAUGGGUAGCUCCGGAGCGCGUUAGAGACCGUAUGCUGUUCGACAUAGAUCCCAUCGUCGCAGUGAACCUAGCAUAUCUCACGCGAGAUUCUGUUAUGCUGCCGACGGCCCUCUAUCUCUGUUGUCAAUUGCCGGUCCACAUUUUACUUCGGGGAAACAAUCAACCAGGCGAAACCUUGACCACGUUAGACAAGAUGGACUUAGAACGAUGCAUUGACGGGAAAGUUCGACUAGCGGCGGAGGUUGCAAACAUCCCUUGGACGAUCGCCACGACCGGCUUGGAUCUCAGUAGUUGCACGGCGAAGGGACGCUGCGCGAGCAGCCUCAGAGUAUGGGCCGGUAACUUGAUGAGCGUCGCGGAAGCCUCUUGCGAUGCACUCGCACCAUGUCCCCUCCUCGCGAAAGUAGACAUCGAACAGGCCAGAGCUGCUGCCCGCGGGGAGACUAUGUGUUGCGCCGCAUGCAAUGAUGCUCUGAGAGAGCGGGAGCUAAAGGAGCGUCGUCGGAUAUUCGAGAGGUUGACAUGGUACAUGGAUGUUCCAAGGGUAUUGGGGCGCUUAUCUUGUGAGUGUGUUUGGAUGCGGUCUCCCUCAAUACGUUAACUGAGGCUCCAUACACACAGAAAACCAGUGUGUAGCACGUUGCUGAGGCGGUGACGAUGCAGGUACAUGUUGUCGUAGGGACGAAACACGACGUUUGCACGACAACCAAUCA